UAUUUUUGUGGCGAGCAGGUAUUUUUAGUUGGACCAGACGCGGUCACACUCUUAUUUACAUCGAACAUAUGAUGGGCACGCCGGAAUUAAAAAUAAUAUUGGAAUUUAGUGCUGGAGCAGAGCUACUCUUUGGAAACAUUAAAAAACGCCAGGUCGCCUUAGACGGAAGUCAAAAAUGGACCAUUGCCAAUCUGCUAAAAUGGAUGAAUUCCAAUAUUUUGACAGAACGAGCGGAACUCUUUCUUCAAGAUGACACCGUACGACCUGGAAUUUUGGUUCUUAUAAAUGACACAGAUUGGGAACUUCUGGGUGAACUUGAUUACGAGUUGCAGCCCAAUGAUAAUGUUCUCUUCAUAUCCACUUUACAUGGCGGUUAACAAAUAGUACAUUAAUUAUUUUU